AUGUCCUUAGAGAUAUUGGUGCUGAAGAUGAAUGGUUGUGAUAUAAGAGUUCCCACUAUUGUUUCACUUUCAUACCUCACUGUCCUCGAACUAUCUGGAAUCACGUUUACCUGCAAAACUUUUAAUGACUCGGAAAAGCUGAUUAACCUCCCAGUUCUUAGAAAAUAUGAGGCAGAAAAUUGUUCUUGGUUAAACGUAAAGGGUGGUGUUACUUUUGAAGUGCCUCUACUUGAAGUGCUUUUGAUAAAGCACACACUUGUGUCGAAACCCCAUGAGUCGCACACUGUGGUUAAGUUUUGUGCCCCUCGUCUUAAUGAUUUCACUUAUAGUGAUUUUGUGUUACGAUACACCGUUUUGUUAGAUUUAGACUUAUCUACAGCACGAAUUGUUGCUGCGAAUAUUCAUCUGAUCAAGUUGAGCGAAGACAGCGAGGAAAACAUGGCCACUUUUGCUUGUGAAGUUCUGAAACAAUUUAAUAACAAUGUCGAACGUUUAAAGCUUGAGGUUUCGAAGAACAUGUAUGAUUAUCAUCUAUCUCCCGUCCGUGUUCCUGCUUUGACCGAUCUUGAUGAUUUUGGAAUGUUGAAUCGUCUGGAGCUUGUUCGUGAAGUUACUGGUGAAGUUUUGUUGGACUUUCUUCAAAAGUCACCAUUUCUUGAGACCCUUGUAAUUUUUAAGGUAGUUGAAUUUGACGAAGAGUUCUCGAACCCUGAUAACGUGCCAUUUUGUUUUAUAUCUAACCUUCAAGUGCUAAAACUUGGACAUUUUGAUGGUAAUGAGCAAGAACUACGUUUCAUCAAAUUUGUAAUGGAAAAUGCUCUAGUCUUGAAGAGAGCUAGUUUCUCAGCUGUUAGGUCUCUGCACAUUGCCCAGGUGAAAUUUGAAGAAGUGAAGAAGAAGAUAUCAUCUUUUAAGAGAAGUUUGGAGGCAAUUUUUUAG